GGGAAUCUCCUCUGUGGGGCAGCAGCCUGUUCUGGUGGGUGUCGGGGUCGGGUGCCCUGUCCAGCUGCAGUGGUGCCUCAGUCCUCUGGACUGCAGGUGCUGGACAUGCCCAUGGCGUGACAUGGGCCAGCCAUGCCGUUUGCCUCAGCCCCCUGGCCACAGCGUGGCCUUACACCAGGCUGCCCGUGGGCUUUCCACUGGCUGCUGCACCCAGUGCCUGGGGUGUGGCGAGGGAGGGCUGGACAGCCUGGCCUGGCUCUGCCCUCUUGCCAGGCCUGUGCGCUCUGAGCAGAAAGCCCUGGGAGCUGUGACUCGGGGGCCCUGCUCCUCCAGGGCUGCUGCUCCCUGUGCAGCCAGGCUCUCUAUGGGCGACUCGCAGCCUGGCCCCCUGGCAGCAUCCUGGGGCCUGGCGGGAGAGGGGGCACGUGGUGGGGGCUGGGCACGGCACAGGGUCCCUGCUACCUCUGCCUUUGUGUUGCAGGCCAACAUGUCGUCGUUCUCGGGCCUGUCCCGUGGCAGGAAGGUGGCCCUGUCUGCACUGGGACUGCUGGCAGCGAGUGGGGCCGGGAUCGCGCUGGCUCUGCACAGGGCAGUGAACGCCACCGAAAUGGAGCUGCAUCCUCCCUCCUACCCCUGGAGCCACUCGGGCUUCCUGUCCGCCCUGGACCACAGCAGCAUCCGGCGCGGCUACCAGGUGUACAGGCAGGGGGGCUCAGCCUGCCACAGCUUGGAGUACUUGGCCUUCCGCCACCUCGUCGGUGUGUCCCACACAGAGGAUGAAGCCAAGGCCCUGGCCAGCGAGGUGGAGGUGCAGGAUGGCCCCAAUGAUGAAGGGGAGAUGUUCAUGCGCCCCGGCAAGCUCUCGGAUUACUUCCCCAAGCCCUACCCCAACCCCCAGGCAGCGCGGGCGGCCAACAACGGGGCAAUGCCCCCAGACUUCAGCUACAUUGUCCUUGCCAGGCACGGGGGUGAGGACUACAUCUUCUCCCUCCUCACUGGCUACUGCGACCCGCCCGCCGGGGUGAGCGUCAGGGAAGGGCUGUACUACAACCCCUACUUCCCGGGCCAGGCCAUCUCCAUGGCACCGCCCAUCUACAACGAGAUCCUGGAGUUUGACGAUGGGACCCCAGCAACCAUGUCCCAAAUCGCAAAGGACGUAUGCACGUUCCUGAAGUGGGCCGGAGAGCCCGAGCACGACCAGCGCAAGCAAAUGGGCAUAAAGAUGCUGCUAAUCAGUGGGUUCCUGAUACCCAUCGUCUACUUCAUGAAGCGCCACAAGUGGGCUGUGCUGAAGAGCAGGAAGCUGGUGUACCGGCCCCGCAAGUGAGGCCUGGCGGGGCCCCGCAGCCCGGCCCCUGGUGCAGUCUGCACAGCUGGCUGGCCCGGCGGGCGCCUGCUCCGCGCUGCUGCGGCAGCUGUUAUUUAAGAAUGUCCUCCCCUCCCAGACGCAGCCCCUCACCACCAGCCUGGCCCGGGCUCCGGGUCCACGGGGUGGAGCUGCUGUCUCUUCACGUGGCUCGGGGCAGGGAGACAGGUGCUGAGCCGCAGGGGGGGAGUGUUUGCACGUGCCUCAGCCUUCCCCUGCUGUCCAGCCAGGCUGCAGGGCCCCUCACCUCCACCUGACUGCCUCCAGUGUGGCCGUUUGGGGGCCUUGCUCUUGCCAGCUGUAUGCAUAAGGGGGAGGGGUUGUGCCCUACUGCCCCAGCCACCUUCCCAGGGAGGGCUGAGCCUGCGGGGUCCGGUCUGACUGGGCCGUGCCGUACUGUACUGCGUGGUGCACUCAUUAAACGGCUAAUUCCA